GUCAGUCAGUGUGCCCGUGGCUUUCGUGAUGCGAUGUAGUGUCGCUCGAGGUCCUGCAAUCCUCUCUUGCUCUCCCGCGCUUCUCGUUACAAAUAGUUCGACGCUAUGGAAAUUGAUGUUGUGGUGUUGAAAUUUAUAUCUAGAUUAUUAAUAUUGACCCGUUUACCUCAAGAUAAUUAAUAUGUAAUUGAAAUGAAAUAUAUUUAUUCAGUUUUAGAGAGUUUUGCGAGAUGGAUAACUACAACAAAACAUAUUUUGAUUACCUUCAUUGACUCGGUGUUAAACUUGUGUGCUUGAGCAAUAUGAAAGUGAAAUGUAUUUAUUUUGUUUCUUAAACGUUGCAACAUGAAAGAUGAUUUUUAACUGGACUUAAAGGGUAAAGCGAAGGAGAGGAAAAUAAAACGAAUUGUACCGACUUCAGAAGAAACAGAAAAUGAAUAUACGAUGGCGAAAUUAAAAUGAACAAGGCGUGAAGAGAAAAUACAAAUCUCUAACGACAGCGAAUUAAAACGAAUUGAAACAGGAAAGAAAAUACCACAAACAAUAGUGUAACUAAGAGAAAAAUAAUAAUAGUAUAUUAAGAAGUAAUGAACAAUUUAAGAUUAAAGUAACUGAACAAAUGAUAAAGCAUCAAGUAAUGACAACCUCGAGGAGUAACUAAGCAAGGAGAAUGGAACAACACCAGGAAUUGUGAAAACAUUAGGGGCAAACAAAAAAAAGCUGCGAAUCAAGUUUAUCCAGAGGAAAGAACGUAAAAUGACCCUCUACAGUGGAGUAACAAUCACCUUCAGCCUCUGCUUCCUUGCUUGCAUCAGUUCAGGGUACUGCUUGCAUCAGGGGAUAAACCAGAGAUGGUGGAACGAGAGGCCGAGGCCAUACUUCACCUCGACCUCACCCUCGAACCUGACAGUGCUCUCGGGGCAAACGGCCUACCUCCCUUGCAGGGUCCACAUGCUUGGGGAGAGAUCGGUCACCUGGAUGCGUGGGAGAGAUCUCCACAUCUUGACGGUGGGUGUCCUCACCUACUCGGCCGACGAAAGGUUUCAGGUAAUACACAGUCCAGAGACGGACGACUGGACACUGCAGGUCCGGGAGACAAAGCCCUGGGACACGGGAACAUACAAGUGCCAGGUGAAUUCCCACCCGAAGAUCUUCCGUGAUGUCCAUCUCAAUGUUAUGGACAAAGGGCAAUUGGACCAUCGACUCUACAAGAUGCCAACAGCAGACUCGGAUCAAGGAGAGUAUGGGACGGUGCUUGUAGGAGGCAGUGAGAGGUACAUUCAAGCAGGGUCCUCGUUGGUUGUGGAAUGCGUCGUCACACACACUUCAGACCCUCCGCCGGCUCUCUUCUGGUAUUACCAACAGCGCCUUCUCGAUUAUGAUCACCCUAGGGGAGGCAUCGCCAUUAUGGUGGAGAAAACUAACGAACAGACAACAUCUCGCUUGUUAUUGUCGACAGUGAAGGUGUCCGAUUCGGGCAAUUAUACCUGUGUGCCCGUUAACGCCCCAACCGCUUCUGUGUCCGUCCACGUUACGACAGACGAGUUGCGUGCAGCAGUGCAGCAGGGCGGUUACAGCAGUGGUAACAGCAGCGCGUGCAUUCACUACGACCUUCUACCGAGGAGACCUAUAACAAUUCUCAUCAGCAGCGUCAAUGUCUUUCUCACAAUUGCUCGGUCUUUCCCGUUUCUAUAAAAGCCAGUCUGUCUCGUGCAGAUAAGAAGCUACACAAUGAAAUCAUUGUACAUCUGUCAUUCUCAGCAUCCAGCUGUCAUGAAGUCGCCGAUUCGUACAUUUGUUGCCGAAAUUCUUCUGUACACGUUGACACCUGAAACCAUUUUGAUCUUUACACACAAACGCAAAGGGAAUCUCAUAACAUCCGCCAGGCUACUCUUUCCAGAUUUGUUUUGGAGACAUCUUUCAUUACAUGACCGGAUAGUUUCUUGCUAUUACAAGCCAAGUUUUGGAAUUCUCUUCCUACUUGUGUUUUUCCUGACUAUAACUUCUCUGCUGUUAUUAGGAAGGGGUAUCACUCCUUUGAUGCUGGAACUAUAUAUAUAUAUAUAUAUAUAUAUAUAUAUAUAUAUAUAUAUAUAUAUAUAUA